ACACACACACACACAGUGGCCUGCCCUCGCCUCAGCAGGACUUGUUCGUGAGAGAAAGAGAGAGAGAGAGAGAGAGAGAGAGAGAGAAGGGGGGACGAAAAAAAAUCUAUAUAUAAAUAAAAACUUUGAAGCAAAGAGAGAGAGAAAAAGAGAAAGAGAGAAGGAAAACCACGUUAUUCUAUUUAUAAGAAGACAAGAGAGAAUUUCCCGCCAUGAAGUAAAGUGAACAGUGUUUCCAGGGAUAAAAACCAACACACACCAAGAAACCAGCAUGGAGGGUGGCGGCGAGGACGGACAGGAGGCAGAGGUGGGAAUGUGUGCAAACUGCGGCUUUCUGGCUAAACUUCGCUGCUCUAACUGCAGACAAGCCUUCUACUGCAAGAGAGAGUGCCAGAGGGAGCACUGGAAGCAGGGCCACAAAGAUCAGUGCCAGCCAUUCCAGGUACUCCACUCUCCAGAGCUUGGAAGGUACAUGGUGGCUUCGCGCGACCUGAAGGCUGGCGACAUAAUCUUACGCGAGGACCCGAUAGUGGUGGGGCCGAAACAGGUGACAGAGCCGGUGUGUCUUGGCUGUUACAAGAGAGUCGACGGCUCCUACAGGUGUGAGCGGUGCGGGUGGCCGAUGUGCGGGCCGCAGUGCUGCAGCGUGGCGGACCACCAGCCGGAGUGCGUGGUGGGACAGGAGAUCGGCUCACCCAUCGACAUACAGAACUUUGACGAGACAAACCACUUCUAUGAGGUCAUCUUUGCCAUGAGGUGCCUUGCCCUGAAGAAGCGGUCGCCGCGGCGGUACGAGCAGCUGCUGGCGCUGGAGAGUCAUUACGAGGACCGCUUGGGCACACACGUGCACGAGCAGAACCAGAAGCGCAUCGUGAACUUCCUGCGGAACUAUUUCUUCCUGCAGGAGUUCUCUGAGGAGGAGAUUGACAGCUCAGAGCGCACCAUCCACACGGUGACCGGCAUCAUGGACGUGAACUCCCUGGAGAUCCGCCUGGGGGAGACUGAGAUCCUGGGUCUGUUCCCGACCUUCGCCAUGAUGGAGCACUCCUGCACGCCCAACACGCGCCACUCCUUCACCGAGGAGCGCCGCGUGGUGCUGCGCGCCGCCGUGGACAUCCGCCGCGGCGAGCACCUCAGCACCAUGUACACGCACAUCCUGUGGGGCACGGCGGCGCGGCGUGACCACCUCAAGCACAGCAAGUACUUCAUGUGCACGUGCUGCCGCUGUGCAGAUCCCACCGAACUGGGCACGCACUUCUCAGCGCUGCGCUGCCAGAGCUGCACCAACGGCUUCCUCCUGUCCGCCGCGCCCCUCGAUGAGUUGGCCGACUGGAUCUGCGCCUCGUGUAGCGCCACGCUGUCCUCGGAGGAGGUGAGCGACGCUAACCUGCAGCUGGGCGAGGAGUUGGAGGCGGCGCUGGCAAACCCCGAGCUGCGGCGCCUGGAGGAGCUGGUGAACCACCACGGCCGCAUCACGGUUCACCCCAACCACUUCCACUUGUUCGCCGCCAGACACACGCUGCUGCAGAUGUACGGCCGCGACCCCUCCGCCGCGACGCCAGAGCACAUGCGGCGCAAGGAGCGGCUAUGCCAAGACUUCCUCAAGGUGUGCACGGCGCUCGACCCAGGCAUGGCGCGCCUCGGUCCCUACGCUGGCGUGGCGCUCUACGAGUACCACCUCGCAGUGCUGGCGCGCGCUCGCGGCGACCCCGACGCCCCGCAGAAGGAGACCGCCGCGCUGCGGAAGGACAUCGAGACAGCCAAGGCGCUGCUGCAGCAGUGCAUCAGAGUGCUGCAGGACGAGCCGCUGGACCAACCAGAGGGAAAGUUGUGCGCCAUGGCCAAGGCAAACCUGGCGGAGCUACGACAGUGGGAGGCCACCAUAGCGGCGCCAUAACGCCACCACGCCAAGACGCCACCACACCCCACAGCACCAUCACCACCAUCACCAACACACAGGCACAUCAGCAUGGACUGUAUCCCAAACACUUCAGCGCCGCCGCCGCGCCCCGCUACACUCAAAGGCUCUACGUACUUGAAGAUACAUGGGUUUAGAUUAUAAGGGAGUUUUAUGGUUGUAGUGACACAUUAACAAACAUGUACUACACACUAGGUACAGGACGAACACUCUGCAGCACACGGCUUGUUACAGCCGUGGUGAGAGCUGACCCUCUCACAAUACAACUCACAACACACACCACCGACACAACCUGCAGACACACACACACACACACACACACACACACACACACACACACACACACACACACACACACACACAUACAGACACACACACACAGUGACACAGACACAGAUCACUUGGCUAGCAGUAUAAGUGCGUGCAUGUGUGUGUGUGUGUGUGUGUGUGUGUAAGGAAGAGCCGCUGCUUGAAAAUGGGUUGUUUUUUUUGUUGUUGAUGUUUUAAAAGUGUUUAUAGAUGAA